AUGAAUAAGAAAAAAAUACUUGACGAUGACCUUGAAAGGCCUGUUAUUUUAGAACAACGAUCCAGCUUUACACAACUGUUCUCGUCAUGGAAAGUGGCAAAAACAACUUUAAUUAGCUGGGAUUUAUGGUAUGUUGUAAAAUGAGACGUGCAAUGUCGUUAAAAUUUGACAACCGACAACGGCAACGGCAGAAAACAAAAUGGCUUACAUUUUUGUAUGCAAGCUUUGCAUACAUCACUAAACUUUAUUUGCCUCUCACAUAAAAGUAGUACUUACCUUUCUUUACAAACAGCCCUUAAAGCCUGGUAAUUCACACCAGCAAUUUUGUCGGCGAUUUUGUGUUUCUGAUGCAAAUCAGUGAACUCGCACACAAAAGUAUACUGUUGUGUCGUUUGUCAGAAGUAAACAAUGCUAAAUCUUUGCAUCUCAUUCAUUCGAUCACAUUUGCCAGGAGGAGAAAUAUCGUCGACAGAAUUCCUGGUAUGAACCAUGUUUAAGUAACAAUAGACAGUGAAUUCAAAUACACUGGACUUGACUUGACAUGACUUAUAAUUACGAGUCGUGAAAAUGAAUCGAUGUAUAAAUACCAUAGCCGUUUGAACAACUAGAAUACUUAAGGUAAUACAUUUUUUGUACAAAUCCCUUUGUCUUAGUGAGUAAAAUUCUAUUGUUUUUCAAACACUCAUUAAUAAUUCAUAUAAGCUUAUUGGCAAAUCAUGUCAACCAUAGUAUGUCACGUGCAGUGGCUUUAAACCUGAUAAAACACUCCUAAUAAGUAUUCUUUAUAUAAAGAAUACUAAUAAAGGCAGUAUAGUAUAGGCCUAUCUAUUGAAUUUGUAGUCGUGUUUGAAGCCGUUAAAUAUUAAACUCGCAGGACGUGUUUUAUUAGGUCUAAAUUACGCUCGCGCUGCGCCCUCAUCGCUUUAAACCUAAUAAAACACUCCUGCUCGUUUAUUAAACAGUUAUACAUCAUCACGUCUUUAUUGGCGUUGCUGUUGUAUUUGCCAAAUUGACUGAUAAUUUCUACAAUGCGGCAGCACGACAACGUUCCUUUCAAACAAAGAAAUUCUUCAUGCAAGACAAGAGCUUUAUCGGAUAAAUAAUUCGUGUUCCCAUUCACGAGAGGUGUUUCCACAGCGUUGUCAUUCCUUAUGCAACCUUAUAGUGAACAAUAAUGCAUCGAUUAGCCUAACUUAGCUGUUUGCAAGGUUCUUCAAAUAUUUAUUUCAGUAGUCAAAUUGUUCAAUACUCAUCCUACUAAUAAAGCUGAAAUUCAGACUGCGUCAUUUUGCAGAUCUUAAAGACUUAUUAUUAAACUCUUUAUUAAAAAUAUUUUUAAGCAACAUAAUAAGUACUAUUUAAAAUACUCAUUAAUAAUGCAUGAAGAAAAUUCAAAAGAAAUGAAUGUUUAAUCAAUGUUUGUAAAUCGGAUAAAGAUUUGUCCUGAUUUACAUUUUGAUUUUAAAAUUACUUAAAAUGACUUCGCCAAUGAACUCAUAAGAUGGUCGUUUUUUAAGUACGUAAAACAUUCGCAUCCGAUCUUUAUCUGAUAUACAAACUCUCGCCUUCGACUCGAGUUUGUAUAUCAGAUAAAGAUCGGAUGCGAAUGUUUUAACUAGUUCUUAAAACACGCGUAGGAGUGUUUUUAUCAUGUUUCAAAAACUCAUUAAUAAUUCAUGAGGAAAACACAAAGAAAAAUCAUAUUAUUAAGCGUGUCGUAUCUUUACAUGUGAUAGAGAUUUCCCUUGAUUGCCAUAAACUUUAACUUUGAUUUUCUCGACUUAUACAACGUAUUUUUUGAAAAUAUUUACUUCGCCAAUGAACGUACUAGAUCGAUCGUUUUUGAAGCAAUUUAAAACAUUCGCAGUGUGUAGUUUUAUCAGACCUAAAGAUACUCGGCUGCGCCUCAUAUCUUUAUAUCUGAUAAAACGUACACUGCUGCUCAUAUUUUAAAUAGUACUUAAAAUGCGAGUGCGGAGCACGAGCAUUUUGGAUAUGAUAAAACACGACUACAAGUGGUUUGAAUAGUUUCAAACACGACUACAACAGAUGUCGUCUCAUUAGUGUUCUUUAUAUAAGGAAUACUAAUUAGGGUGGACUUUUAUAUAAAGAAUUAAUGAAGAUGGGUUUUAAAACCUCUUCACGUGUUCAUAGGUAUAAAACCUCUUCACGUGACAUAUUAUGGUUGACAUGAUUUGCCAAUAAGCUUAUGAAUUAUUAAUGAGUGUUUGAACUGUAUUUAAAUGAUGAAAUCGAUAAUCUAUUACAGGUUUACUAAUACCCUUGUGUACUAUGGUGUAUCGUUUGGUUCAGUGGAUCUUGGAGGGAAUAGAUAUCUGAACUUUUUCUUGAUCAGUCUUGUGGGAAUUCCAGCAAAUGUUGCUAUUAUGUGGGCCGCAAAUAGGUUUGUGUUCGAACAACUAAUUGGUACAUAUAAUAUGAUGGCUAUUGUCUCAAUGAGUGCAUGCAUAUAUUUACAUAUUUAUAAUCGCUUAGAAAUAUCGUCUCCAGGAAUAGAUAAAAAAUUAAAGAAUGUACAAAAUUGUUUUUGAACGGUUUAUGCCUUUACCCAGUAACAGUGGCGUAAUUACUAUGGGCUCAGACCGGGAGAACCCGGGGGCCCCCAACCCCAAUGAGCCAAAUAGGGGCCCCCAGGCUUAGGCGAUAGAGCAAAAACAUUGGCCAGGUCCUCUGAUAUGUUACAAUGUUAUUUUUUGACCAUCAGAAUUCUGUAAAAUCUCUCCCCAAAGUCCAGGAAAUGGCAUUUCAGAGAGUCUAGAUUCAAAAAUUUUCCGGAUGAGCAUGUCCUGGACCCCCUAGAAAACUUUGUGCAUAUACGGCGCUCGACUCGUGCCUUUGGCACUUCUACUAGGGGGGCUUCGAAAAUUUUGAACCGGGGGCCCCCUGAUAUAACGUUACGCCACUGCCCAGUAAAACCGGUUACUGGUUAAAAUAACUAAUUGAAUUGGUUGUCUCAGAUUAAUUAUCUUUUGACCAAUAGUAUUUGAUUAAAAUAACGCAAUUAGCCUUUCUCACGAUGACGAAUAUCCGCCAUUUUUGGGUGGCAUCUAAUUCUCGUUAACCAAUGCAGACAAUUAAAACAAUGUGAAAAGCAAUUUUUCAAAACAAACUAACCAUUUACAAAGCAAAUUUACGACCAUUCGUCCAAAAAAUUAUAAAAAGUCGCUGUUAUGUGGACUUAUCUCGCAGACUUCGGCUGAAAUGCCACCCAAAAAUGGCGGCGUGAGAAAGGCUAAUUGGGUUAAAAUAACGCGGUUUUUGAAUAUUUAAACAAAUGUUGGUCAAAUGAGGGCAUCUAUAAGGUAACCAAUUCGUAUUGGCUAUUUUAGCCAAUAUGUUUUUAAAGCGUAUACUAGCUGAUUAGAUGGUAUAAUACUCAACCCGCCUAUUCAUGAUCACCUAGUUGACUUUCAUAUGUCUAAGCUAUUGCCGCACAAUUCACUAUUAACAUACAUAUGCGAAUAUGCACGUGAGUUGGGUGAGCAAAAGUGAUUUUAUUUUGGGGAGGCCAACCUAUUUUGUGAAAUCACAAUUAUAGGGGCCUGGGAACUUUCUCCCAGAGGAAAUUGAAUUUUUGGCCUCUGAAGCGGCAUUUCCUGCAUACUGGAAGCAGUUGGAGAAUAAUUGAAGGUCUUAGAAAAUCGAAAACGUUUGAUACGCGAUCAGAUCUAUUCUCGGAUCCAUUGCAGAUUUUUCACCAGGGGAACAGUAAGGCCUACUGUAUAUAUACCAAACACCCAAAGAAUAAUUAACAAUUUCAUUCUAAAAAUCGUGAAUAUAGUUUUCUCUAGAGGGCAGUUGCCCCCCCUCUCCCCCCCCCUCCUGCUGUGCACGACCCUGAUCCAUUGCAUGAUGGAUAGGAAAAUGGAAUAUAUAUGACAUGAAAGUACAUUAGAAAAUACAAGGACGAGGACGAUAUUCUUAAUGUGUACUAAGUUUACCAAAAUUACGUAUACUUUGAAAUUCUCAGUCUUGUCUUUUCUUUUAUUUUAAUGAAAACUCUUUGCCGUAAUUCGGAAUUGAGACUGAAAAUUCUAGCAAGGGCUAAAAAUUAUAUUUAUUGAACCCGCAAGUUCGUUCAAGUGACCUCAACGCGCGAGGAUUAAUAAGUGUCUAUGUAAAAUUAAAAGCACGACAGAAACAGCGGAGUACAUAUGUAAUAAUUUUAUUGAAAUAUAAAACCUAUUUUUCAAUUAUACUUCAGAUUUGGUCGUAAAACGUCUGUGCUUAUUGGCUUGGUUAUUACAGUCAUUGCGUCCGCUAUUUCAGUGUCAAUACCAUCUGAUCAGAGUUCAGGUUGGUGCGGAUCAUAUGAAUAAGGGUAUAACUUUAUUACUUUUUUAAUAUCGCCAGACAUGCUCAUGCGAAUUACUGCCCUGGCCUGCUCAGGACUAAAUCAGCGGACAAAAUUAAUUAUAUAAGUAUAUUGAUUAUGAAGUAUACGAUAUUAUUAUGUCAUUGACUGAAAAAUCGUAUUGAUGUGAAUAAUAAUAUAUAGGAUAAAAACCGACUUCGAAGUCUUUGAUUCGCAUUUAAUUAUGGCGUUCACUAAAUAUCAGAUACAUUUCCUAUACUAUUCUGAAAAGGAUUUGGAAAUUGUUGUUGUUUAUUUGAGAAGCAACAAAUCAAUUGGUAAAUAAUUUUUUGUAGCCAUGCUUGAUUCGUGAGGCGAAUUAAAUCAAAUACAUGAGAAUCAUUUAGGCUUCAUUGCAAAAUAUUCAUUGUAUUUUCCCAUUGAAGAAAUAUUUUGAUAUUAUCUGUCAUAAAAAAUAUUUGAAAGCGUAAAAACGUCUAAAAACCUUAUUGAUGAAUAACCCUAGAAGUGCUUCCAACAUUUUCAAACAUACAGUACCUUGCUUGUUGCUGACGAUAAUUGCCCUGUUAGUUUCGGCCAUAGUAUUUUGAUCGUUUGCAUGCCUGGCAAAUUUCAAAUUUUAUUCUUCUAAAUUAUUUAUCCUUAUUAUAUCAAGUAUUUAUUAAUUUGAUUUACUCCUACUAACUGUGGAAGGCUUUUACAUUGCGUCAUUACCGCCAUUUCGGAUGAAUUUUACAAAAGAUUUUUCCUGGAUUUCGGCAAUUCAAAUUUCAUUCCUCAUGAAGAAAAUCCCUUGCUUUUCGAAUCCCUGGAAAUUGACUACAAACCAUCUGGCUAUUUGGAUUACUGAUUUGUCUUUCUUUGCAGCUGGUGUUGGUGGUCGUAUCACAGCCGCUAUUGUGGCAAAUUUCUUUAUUUCCUUUUCUUUCGCUGGAGUCUACUUAUGGACCAGCGAGUUGUUUCCGACGGUUAUAAGGUAUAGUCAAAUAAUUAUCGGUUAUAUAUAUGCUCCUGUUUCUCGCACAUUGUUAGGCGAGUUAGGUUUAGGGAUUGGAUUCUGA